CUGUUUGCCCCCACCCCCCAGACACUUUGCAGGGCCUGCCGAUCAGUUCCGAGAUCACCUUGGAGCUCCAGGACACUUUCUCAUUUCUUGAUACGCAGGACACCUUGGAGAUAGGGGACAUGGAGACAGAUUACCCGGGGGAGCUGGGAAUGCCACUCAGGACACCUGAAGAAAUGGAACCCUACGACUACUACGCCCAGAGCCACCACGAAAGGAGGGGGAUGCUAGACAUGAGCAUCGAGUCCGAGCUGAUGGACCUCGACCUGGAUAUCAGAGAGCUCAGAGCUUACGAUGCUCGGGUUCACUGUCAGGAGUUCUCUGUUGAGCCUCCUGUGGAAGAGGUGUGGAGCGUCAAUGACGUCGAUGAACAUGCCUCAGGGGACAGUGGCACCCCCCACAAGUGCCCCGCGGAGACGACGCGUUCAGGGAGGCAGUGUCAAGGGCCUGGGCUUUAUGCCACGGAUCUCAGAGCCCCGGGCCGCAUCUCAGAGACGGAGGAGGCCAGGGACGUUGACUGUUCGACCGCGGCGUGCGCCGGCGGAGGGGAGCAUCCCUGCGAGAGCAGCUCCGGCUCUGGGAAGGCCGGCUGCUCAACUCUGGCGUGCUGCGCCGAGCAGACCGAACCCGGCGCGGGGAGCACAGAGUCCGGGAAGGCCGGCUGCUCAACUCUAGCGUGCUGCGCCGAGCAGACCGAUCCCGGCGCGGGGGGCGCCGGCUGCUCGGCUGAGGGGACCCUCACCGGACAGGAUGAAACUGACGGGGAGGCGAGCCGGCCCCCAGCGUUGACCCCCAGCCCCGCCAGCCUGGCACCGUCCCCGGGCAGGAUAUACCAUGCCCGCUCGCUGCCCGUGGUUCCCCCGAAGCCGCAUUACGCCAAGCUGCCCCUGGUGCUGAAGGGCAAGAGGCGGACCGAUAACCCCGCCCACCCCGAGGUCACGCCCCGCCCACCAUCGGCCGACCACGCCCACUGUGGACCAGAGCCGCGCCCUGCAAUCACAGUCCCCGCCCACCCUGAGGGCAGGCACCGCCCACCACUGGCUGACCACGCCCACUCCGAUCCCGAGCCGCGCCCUGCAAUGACAGUCUCCGCCCACCCUGAGAUCAGGCCCCGCCCACCAUCGACUGACCACGCCCACUAUUGUUCAGAGCCGCACCCUGAGGGCAGGCACCGCCCACCAUUGGCUGACCACGCCCACUCCGAAUCCAAGCCACGCCCUGCAACGACAGUCCCCGCCCACCCUGAGGUCAGCCCCCACCCACCACAGGCUGACCACGCCCACUCUGCUCCAGAACCACGCCCUGCGCCCGCAGGCCCCGCCCCUUCAGAUGACACGCCCCGCCCGCGCUGCGCGGGCACGGACACGCCCGAGGACAGGCCACGCCCCCGCGCGCCGGGCCACUCCCCCGCAGCAGAAGGGCCACGCCCCCACACCCCAGAGGCCCCCCUCUCCGAGCCGCGGGCCGCCCGGGCCCACGCCUGGCGGACGGCCGCCAGCCUCUCCUUCGACGAGGCGGUGGCGCUGGCCAGGCGGCAGCGCGGCGCCGGGCGGCGGCCGGGGGGCCUGCAGCGCGGCGACUCGGCGCCGGACGCGCCGCGGGGGGCCCACGAGCGCCUCACCGUGCCGCCCCUGGCCAGCGAGAGGGCCGGCGGCGGGGCGGCUCGCUGCCGCUCCCUGGUGCUGGAGGCCGAGGAGGCGCCGUGA